UGAAACUCUUCAAUCUAUUAAAAUCAAUAUGAAUUUCGCUAAUUAUUUCAUAGUCAUCGCUGUUAUUAUGUUAGUCAUGUUCACUGGAAAAUCUGAAGCUGAUUUUUGGAAGAAACUUGGCAAAGGCAUUGAAGGUGUUGGUCAACGAACUCGAAAUGCAACAAUUCAAGGUUUUCAAAUUGCAAAACAAGCUACUAAUGUAGUUGCAACAGCCAUCAGAGGAUAAGUUCGUUGAAAAUGCAAACUUAAUGUAUUUUGUGGUCUUAGCUUUUUUGAAAAAAAAAAAAAAAAUUCUGGCACUCGAGGACUGCAGCGGUAAAGCUAUUGCAUUGCAUUUUUUUUUUCUUUGAUAUAAAUUCAACUUUUUUCUCUAAGAUUAAUUCAAGUUAAAAUUUAUAUCAAAGAAAAAAAACAUAACUGAAGCCUAUUUUGUAAAAAGAAUAAAAAUGAGUUCUUAA